AUGGCCGCUGCGGCGGCGGCGGCCGCCACGAGCGCCGGAGACGAGCUGCAGCGGCGGCGCACGGCGAGGAGGGCGGCGGCGGACUUCGCGAUGGGCGGCGCGGCGGCCGUGGUGGCCAAGACGGGGGCGGCGCCGGUGGAGCGCGUGAAGCUGCUGCUGCAGAACCAGGCGGAGAUGCUGCGCCGCGGGAGCCUCACGCGCCCCUACGCGGGCAUCGCCGACGCCUUCGCGCGCGUGCUCCGCGACGAGGGCGCCGCCGCGCUCUGGCGCGGCAACCAGGCAAACGUCAUCCGAUACUUCCCCACCCAGGCUUGUAACUUUGCGUUCAAAGGCUACUUCAAGACUCUCUUUGGCUAUGACAAGGAGAAGGACGGGAAGUGGAAAUGGCUAGCUGGAAAUGUAGCAUCUGGCAGUGCUGCGGGAGCUACAACGUCCUCACUGCUAUACCAUCUGGACUAUGCACGGACACGGCUAGCUACUGACGCAAUUGAAUCUCGACAAAACAAGCGUCAGUUCAAGGGGUUGCUAGAUGUCUACAGGAAGACACUCAAAACUGAUGGUAUUCCUGGACUGUACCGAGGCUUCAGCGUGUCUAUUGUUGGUAUCACUCUAUACCGGGGCCUCUAUUUUGGCAUCUACGACACCAUGAAGCCCCUCGUCCUAGUAGGCCCGCUGGAGGGAAAUUUUCUGGCCAGUUUCGCCUUGGGCUGGUCAAUAACUACAUUCUCUGGGGCCUGUGCCUAUCCAUUCGACACACUCCGACGAAGGAUGAUGUUGACUUCAUUGCAACCGUUCAAAUACAGGAACGCCUUCCAUGCCGUACAACACAUAGUUGCCACGGAAGGGUUCUUCACGCUGUUUCGAGGGGUCGGUGCAAAUAUCCUCUCAGGAAUGGCCGGAGCUGGAGUUCUCUCCGGGUACGACCAGCUCCAGCGGCUCGCAGGCCAGCAUGACUACAAGUUCGAGAGCAAGAUGAAACAAGGGGCGUUGAAAUGACACGCAUAUAGGUAUGAUGUAGGCAGAUCCUGGGCUGUUCAGUCUGAGGUGGCCGCAUAGGAUGAUUCCAGCAACAAUUAUAUGAAUCUGGUAGUAGACCAAAACUCUUGACUGCAUCGGUUUCGCAGCAGUUGGUGGGAACGGAUGUGCAGGCGGGUCUCUUGAGCUUUGAACAUCAUGGCGAUUCGACUUAGCCUUCAAAUGUAAAUUAAUACGGAGGCUAAAGUUGCUGUCCACAGUACACGGUGAAUGUAAAAUGUAGAAAACACUUGUGGAUAGAAUGUGCAUAAUUCAGUGAUCAGUGGAAUGCUAAUUUUCGAUUUCA